CCCCUCUCUUUUCGCCUGCACAUCGUCAACUACCUAAGCUACCUACCUAUCUGAUACAUAUAAGUUGUGCCAGCCGUCCCCCUCGCGCCCGCGUGAACAAGAGUAGAGGAAAGAACCCCUUUUGCACUACCGAACAACACCGACCCGUCGCCAAUCGCCUCAACCGUCCAACCCUCCCUCCCUCCUCCGGGCCGCGCUACCCUGCAUUUGACUCCGUGCCGCAUCUCCUCCGCCUCUCUCCUCUCCUUACCUGCACCGAAGCAACUAAAUCCUCCGACAUCCUUGUCGCUUCCCAGACGGCCGCUCACACCCGACAUUGACCCAACUUCAGCCUCGACGCCGACGCCAACGCCGAAGCCGAUCUAGACGCGCCAUCGUUAUCAAGUCGUCGCCAUGGCCGCCCCGACGAAUCUGCUCGCUGGCAAGACUGCCAUCAUCACAGGCGGCACCACCGGUAUCGGGAAAGCCAUUGCUCUCGAGUACAUCAAGCAGGGGGCCAACGUCGUCGUGAACCACCUGGGCCUUGACAAGGACCAACCCCACCUCGAUGCUCUUAUCGCCGACGCUGCGGCCGCGAAGCAAGCGAAUCCCAACGCCGGCCGUUUGGCUGACCAGGUUGGUGAUGUUCGCGAGCCUGAGACUGCUGCCAAGCUGGUUGCGCGCGCCGUCGAGCACUCGGGCAAUGGACGUCUGGAUAUCUGUGUUUCCAACGCCGGCAUCUGCACAUUUGCCGAGUUCCUCGAGCUGACCCCGGACCUCUUCACCAAGACGGUUCGCACCAACCUUGACGGCGCCUUCUACGUCGUCCAGGCCGCUGCUCGCCAGAUGAGCCAGCAGUCGCCAGCGGGUGGUAGCAUUAUCGGAAUCUCGUCUAUUUCCGCCCUGGUCGGCGGUGGUCAGCAAACCCAUUACACUCCCACCAAGGCUGGUGUCCUCAGUCUAAUGCAGAGCACCGCCGUCGCCCUGGGCAAGUACAAGAUCCGCUGCAACGCGCUGCUUCCCGGAACCAUUAAGACACAGCUCAACGAGGAGGACCUGGCGGAUGAUGCAAAGCGUGCCUAUACGGAGGGCCGCAUUCCUCUUGGCCGUACUGGUGUGCCGUCCGACCUCGCCGGACCCGCCGUCUUCCUUGCCUGCGAGUACCUUAGUGGUUACGUGACAGGCGCGCAACUGUUGGUCGACGGUGGCCUCUUCGUCAACCUCCAAUAAGCGCCGCUGCCCCUGAAAAUUCGCUGUUUGUAAUAGAGCCCCUACUUAUGCCCCGCC